UUUGCUUGCACUGUCGUAACCAUUUGUUGACUAAUAAAUGACUAGCAUCUGUCACGCAAGCCGAAAUGUUUUGUGUGUCAAUAUCAAGGUUAUUGCUAUUGUCAUAAAACUGCGCUCUUUCAAACUGUUUGUAACAUUUACGAAGAAAGAAUACUGCAUUUUCGAGUUUUUUCUGACCUCAUCUCAGUAAUAUCACCUUGCAAACUAACGUUGUGACUCUUUUGGCGCUUCAUGUAGACUCCAUUUAGUUCUCUACAAAUUCACAAGCCAUGUUCAGAUCAAUAAUGAAUGAAUUCUUAUCGCAACUUUGUUACGCAAAAUAUUAGGAGUACAUUGGACAAAUAGUUAUGUCGGAAUCGUUAAAUCAGUUGGCGAAAUCUGGUGCUUUUCUCAUCCUUCAUGAAAAUUUAGAACGCUGGGCAUCUUCUUAUCAGACGAAUACCUGUGAUGAAAAUGUGGCUAUGGGUUGUGAAAUUAUUGAGCUGAAUGCCAGGAUCCAAAACCAGCUUUUUCGGCUUAUAAGCAUUUGUGCUUCAGAAGGUGGUCCAUACGGGGGUGCAAAUGCAAUCAAACUUCGACUUUUACCACUUCUUGGAUCAGGUAGUGUAUUUUCCGGUUUCGCUGUUGGAAAACAAACGUCAAAUUCUAAUUUGUUUCCACCUAAAACCUACGAAUCGGAUAUUUCAAAAUAUCCUAGACAAGACAAAUAUGAAGUUGAUCUGAUUGAAACACGUAAAGAAAACAAUCGGCUAAGAGAGCAAAUACUUUCAUUGGAAGGGGAAAAUGAACGUCUCAAAACUCAUAUAUAUUGUCCUAAUAAAAAUGAGUAUGAUUUUACUAAAGAUAAUUCUGGAUCGUUGAAAAAUCUUCCAACUUCAUCAAAAAUGCAUGAAGAAAAAGAUGUUGGACCACUGUCUUUAUCAGCCCCCUCAGAUUUAACACCAUCUAUGCUAACUGGUGUUAGUCCACUAAGUCCAAAUGAUCCGAUCCAACGAUACAGGCAGCACAUUUUGGUAAUGCGUUUUAAUGAGUUAUUUUCAUUGCAUCGAGUUGAAGCAAUGGGUAUUUUAAGGCGUUACAUAGACGAUUAUGAAGCAAGCCAAAAAAUUAUUUUCUAUACAGUUUUGGACUCAUUUCAUGUAGCCAAAUCACAUUUUCGAGCAUAUAAAAAUCGUGUACGUAAACAGAUUGCAGCGAAUAAUUUAAUCACAACAGAAACAUUAGAUGAAUUGGUACAAUCGUACAUUAACAUUCAUGCUAGUCAUUCAGCUGAUAUUUCAUUACUUGUUAAAGAUGCAUGUUUAGCUUUGGAACGCCGUGUACCACGUAUUCGCCGACCAUCACAGAAUCUUGGUUUCGAAGUUAUUAAAGAUUUUAUUUAUGAAACAUGUAAACUUGCCUGGGAAUGUGCUGCUUUGAGUCAUCCGCUCGAAAUUUGUAGACCAGCUUGUGAAAAUGAGUUGAUCGACGAGGCAAAAUAUAGGCGUAGUCAUGAUUCAUCUUAUCCAACAUUAAUAAUUCAUCACCACAUAUGGCCAUGUUUAAUGCAAAAUGAGAGGAUUGUUGCUAAAGGAGAAGUAUGCACCAGAGGAAAUUUUAAUUCAUAUGGUUUUGAAAUUAUGUCUUCGGAUAAUCGAAGAGGGAUAGAUCGAUAUCGUGGUCGCAUAUCUUCACGUUCAUGUUCACCAGUACGACCAUCUACUUCACCUGGCUUAAGAGACAACUCGACUGAUCGAUGUUAAUAUAUCGUACAAGGAAGCGUCUACAUUUUAAAAGAUCGCGAAAUUUGAGGAUCAGUUAACCUUGUUUUGUUUUAAAAUCAACAACUACACAAAUUAACCAGAUCUUUUAACUGUAAUAGAAGGAGAACUAAGUAACACUUAAUUAGACAUUUCUUCACUCCGGUUUGGCUUAUUGCUUUCUUGGGCUUUGCAUUUAAAUUGAGUGGACAUUUCACUAACGAACUAUUCUUUAAUCUUCUAUCCAGUUGAUAUACAACUAGUUUUCAUAUUAUUGUGGACUACAUAUGUAACCGAAUUUCCUUUUUUGUCUUUAGAACUUUAUUUACAAAAAAAACAUGUAGCAAAUGA